AUGACAGUGCUCAUGCAAUCAGCCGUUUCGGCUUUUCUCGCUCCGGCUGGUAUGCCAACUCUGACCUUUCCGUUCACCAUGAUCUGUUGGAUAUUUUGUCUCGUUGCUGGUUCCAGAGGUUUAAUUGCUGUCAAAUUAACAGCCGUCAGUAUUCCCGAAGAUCAUUAUCAUCGAUUUCGUCUUUCGAGAUUGGUGAAGGCUCAGUAUAAAAUCUCAAGUCAUUUGAUAACUCUCUUAUCAUCGCAAGAUGAAGAUAUAUCAUGGGAAGACCUUGCAAAGAUCGAAGCAGAAUUUGUUCCCAUUUUAACGUGCUCGUAUGCGUAUCGAAAUGACAUCAACAGUUUGAAAAUGUUGGUGAAAGAAAAGGCCAAUAUUCAUUCGACCGAUCGUAAUUUGCGAGGUCCACUACACGGAAGUGCUUGUCAAGGCAGUAUGAUUAUAUGCAAAUGGCUUGUUGAUGAUCUCAAAGUCAAUGUCAAUUCGGUCGAUAAGUUUGGUGGCACACCAUUAUUCGAUGCCUUUUGGCACGGACAUUUUGAUUUACUUCCAUUUCUCUAUUCGCGUGGUGCUCGAAUGCCAGCAUGUAAAUCAAAAGAAUUGGCAUUGUAUCUCAAUGCAUUUGUCUACGAAAGCAACUUGGAAGCGAUCAAAUGCUUAGUUGCAUGUGGAUUUAAUCCGAAUACGGGCGAUUAUUAUGGUCGAAAUGCACUGCACAUGGCAACAAUCACUAAUCAGUUUAACAUAGUUCGUUAUUUAGUUGAAGAAACAUGUGUCUGUUUAGAUGUAGUCGAUUCUUUCAAACAGACAGCUAUACAGUAUGCGGUACGCUUACCCGAUCUUACUGUCGCUAAUUAUUUGUUAUACAAAAGAGACAAUCCUAUUCCUAUGAAAAUAUCUGAGGAAACGGCAACACUUCUUCAAACUGUAGUAAGUAGUUUAGAUCAUAAUACGAAAAAAGAAGAAGAAGCAUUUUCUAUGAGCGUGGACGAAAGUCUAUUCAGUAUUGUUCAACUAUUAUGUAGUCGAUCCACUUUUCACUCACGUCGCGAAAACAAUUCCCCUGAUACUCGAUUAUCAACUUCUCGCAACAACAUGCUUUAG